GCAUUGCUCGCUGCUAGUUUAGUACAGUACCAUCAGACUUGGAGGGAACUUCUCUCUAUAUAUGAAGCCAUGCAUAGCCAAGCAUCUGUAUUGAAGGAUACGUCUAAGCAUAUCCCACACUACCGAUAACAAUGCCAAUUCUGUUCUCGCAAGAGCUGCCCAUCUACACACUACUAGUGCUGCUUGUUCUCCCCCUGUACUACUUGUACUCGAGGGCUAGUUGUAGAUCAAAUAACCCAGCAGUGCUCCCAACAAACUGGCCAAUACUGCACAUGCUCCCUUCCUUGGUGGCCAACCUCCAUAACUUGCAUGAUUAUUUCACCCUAGUCCUCGCUCGAUCAGGCCACAGUUUCAGAGCGCACGGCCCACCCGGGACCGGGAUGCGGUUGUUCGUCACACGCGAUCCUGCCAACGUCCGGCACAUCUUCACGACGAACUACACCAACUUCCCCAAGGGCGCAGAGUUUGCUGCAAUCUUCGACAUCAUGAGCGGCAGCAUCUUUACCAUCGACGGUGAGCCAGCUCGUCGGCAGCGCACGAAAAUCAAGAGCGUACUCAGCAGCCCGUGGUUGGUUGCUAGGAUGGAGGCUGGCUGCCGCGACAAGGUGGAGAACAGCCUCCUCCCGUUGUUUACGCACAUGGCCAGCACCGGCACCCCAUUCAACGUGCAAGAACUAAUGUCCAGGUUUAUGUUUGACAUGGCUACUAUACCUCUCUUUGGCGUGGACCCUGGUCUCCUGUCCUGGGACAUGCCGCCCAUGGAUGCCGCGGUUGCCAUGGACACGAUCAUGGAGGUGGCCUUCUUCCGAGUCAUGAUGCCGUCUUCUUGUUGGAAGUUAAUGAGGUGGCUAAAUAUUGGCACCGAGAGAAUGUUGGGGAACGUAGUAAUUUCAAAAAAAUUCCUACGCACACGCAAAAUCAUGGUGAUGCAUAGCAACGAGAGGGGAGAGUGUUGUCCACGUACCCUCGUAGAC